CAAUUGGGGAAAGAUGAUACAUAUUAAGAAAAUUAUGAAUUUGCCCAUCUUCCAGGUUUUCCAACAAGUUGCAGGUAAGUUUUUUAAACCAAAAUUGAUUUGGGGUGCAAAGUGCCAAACAAAGUGCCAAACAAUUUAUGUUUUAAGGGUGCAAUUUGCCAAUUUUGCAAUUUAAGAAUGCAAAGUGCCAAAAUUGUGUAAUUCAAUGGUGCAAAGUACAAAAAAACCCGAGAAAUUUUGAAUAAAUGAAUAAAAUUGUACCGCAACUGGAUCAAAACCAUGCCAAAAGCCAAUUAUGCCGGUCAAAUUUUCCAUUCUAUUAUUACGCUACAUCAAGUAAAUAUUUAUCAUUUAUCGACACACAUAAACCAAUAAUAUUGGUAUGUGUAGAUGAAACAAUAAAAAUCCAGACCAUAGGAUUAAGAAAUCGAGAAAAAAAAUAACAAACAAACAAACAAAACAGCCUUGUAAAAUGCGUGAUUUUCCGCCACCGGUCCGACAGCCUCCGCCGCCGGCUGGUCACCGUCGCAGGGAUGUCUCGCUGGCGGUCGGCGUGAUGGGCCCUAAGUUAGACAUCGUACCAACUUUGAUGGCAAAUAAAGAAGCAAGAAAUUCAAAGGUGAGUUCAACAACAAAUUAUUUAGAGUCUCUUCCGGAAGAAUUGGAGUCGGAAAUUCUCUUACAUCUCGGAGCCGAAGAUAUUUUCAAGGCGGCAAUGGUUGUUUGCCGCAAGUGGUACCGUAUGAUCCAUACCCAUAAUUUCAUAUACUCACACCUUCAGAAUUCAACUCCCGGAAUUCUCAUCAAGUAUUCUGCACAUAGAAGCUACCCCGUUUUCGUGUCAAUGGUGAAAGGAAAAAUCGAGAUAUCCAAGAUCGAUUACGAGUAUCGAUGCAGAUGCUGGAGUAGUUGUAAUGGUUUAACAUUGGAGUAUCAUCCCGCAACCAGUUCUGCUUUCUGCAUCCUCAAUCCCGUAACUAAGCAACUUUUCGAACUCCCUCCAUUCGGUGACUUCGAUCUGGCAUACUGUGCUUGUUCCGGUAUAGCAUAUGCUGCAGCUUCGAUGGAGUAUAAAGUGGUUUGCAUAUCCGGUCAUCCCGAUCAGAGGACUUCUACUCCAGCCGCGAUGUUGGGUUGUGCUAUAUUGACUGUCGGAGUCGACAAAUCAUGGAGGCGCGUCGACGUACAACACUUGUCUCUCGAAGCUAAGGAACUUUUCAAGAAUACCCCGUUGACCACCGAAGGGUUUCUACAUUGGACUAGCAGACAAAUAGGGAUGCGUCGUAUGUUGACUUUGAAUGUGGAGACCGAGAUUAUCACGGAGACUCGUGUCCCUCGAGGAGGUUUUAACAAUAGAAAAGGAAAAGAAUCGAGGUAUUAUUUGUCGAACGGGAGGUCUUUGAGCGUGGUCAUUGCGUGCAGUGAGUUCUCGUGGGAUGUUUGGGAGUUGAAGAAACCGAAAAUCGGGGAAUGGGUUAAGACGAUCCGUAUCGAUUUGGAGGGUCAAAAGUCGAAAUUUGAAAAUUUAAGGCAUAAGUACCCGAGACCUCUCAUCAUAGAACCGGUUGCUUGGUUAAACUACGACGAGGGGUUGCUCGUGCGAGUUUUGCAUCCAGAUAACUUUGCAUCUGAAGAUUGCUUCGUCUACAAUGUUGGUAAGCAAGAAAUCGAGGUUCUUGAUUUGACUGAGUAUUAUAUCUGCACUCGCUUUCUUGUCCAUAAAAACAGCCUCGUCUGGUUAGACACCGACACCAUUUGGAGUCGCCAGCCAGACCGUCGACCUACUCCAAUUCGUUUACAGCGUUCAACACCAGCCCUUUUUACUUGCACUAUUUAAAAUCAAGUCUAAAAAAAAAAAAUUGCCCGGAAAUGGUGUAUGUGUAUUUAUAGUUUGCUAUUCAUGAUUGAUGUUUGCUUUAAGAAUGGCAUAUUAUGCUUUA